AUGGCACCCACGGAUUAUACAGAUUUUGAUCCGAAUGGCAAGGACCGCAAGACAAUCGAACCAUGCGUAAUAACACGAACAAAGAUCUACACCGAUCUGUACGACGACGACCUAUGGUUUACCUUCAAAGAUGAUUUUGGAGACUGGACUACAGAUAACCUUUGCAAAGCAACCGUACCAGUCCUUGGAAAACUACGUGACGUACUGCGAACCAAUGAACCACAUGAAUGGACUGAAAGUGAAGUUAUUGAGUAUAUACAGCUUAAAGGGACCUUCAAUUCCCCAUUUAUCCAGUUGAAGUUCACUGCCACAAUCAAAGGAAUCAACGACGCCACAAAUGUGAUAACACAAAAUAAUGCUCAAUUCGUGCAAGAAGAUACCCCCCCUCCACCGUCAACGAACCUACACGGCAUGGUAACAAGAGCGAAAGCAUCUACAGGUGGCCCACAAGAUAUAACACCACCCACUGAGACGGCGCCGCAGGCACCACUAGUACAAGUAGCGACACCUACCCAAACGGCAACAUGGCAAGGAACAGGAUAUGUUCCAGCAAUCCGUGACCAAGAAAGAACGUAUUCGCAGGUGGGACAAUCUGCACUGUUGUAUGUUAACAGUAUUGCACAACUUCAGAAGGUGUACACUACAGAUAGCACCAAGUACGGCGAUAAUGAAGACUCAUUCGACCUGGCUCACAAUAUCUUCUUAGAUCUCUGUCGCCAGAUGGGUCUAUAUACCGCAGAAGCACGGAACCAGGCAUUUUCAGUUAUGCUCAAAGGACUCGCACUCGACUAUUACUACACGUGGAAAGAUUAAUGGGAGCGCAUAGGAAUCGACCCCGCCGUGGCAGUCAAAAACCACUUCGAAAACGAUGAGCACCUACGAAAAGUGCAGACUGACUGGGAUGCGAUAAAUCUUUAUACGGUAAUUGUGAAGUACCCUGAAAAAUCAACUACCGAAUG